UAAGCUCGGAGCACGCACCGGAGUAGCACAGGGAGCGGCGGUGUAACGGCAGACGCAGCAGAUUCUCUGCGACAGUCACCGGGACACGGAUUACUGUGCUGAAGUCGGAUACUGGAACCCACGACCCGGUGAGCCACAAUGUAUACGUAGCCUCCCUGAUCCGAUGUGUGAGGAGAGUCGGGUACGGAACUAUGAGCCAGGGGACCUUCAUGUUGGAAGUCCCAAGGGCUCUGCACGGUACAUAACGCUCCCGGCACGUGUUGGUCUGGACCAGUAGCUUCCUUAACUGACGCGAGAAAACAGGCUGUUGGCUCUGUGAGCAACGCGACAGAAGUGGUGGUGUGCAGUGGUAACUGUGCUUCAGCCUGGAGUAAAGCGGGGCGGCUUCGACUUGCUGCUAUGUUUCUGUGGACUUAAUAUUCGCCAACAGAACAACGUACAAGGAGCUCAAUAAGAAGAGUGGUGGACACAUCCGGGCAGUCAGCCUAUGACCCCUACGCCUGUCCAGGACGUCCUCACAGGGACGCGCCUUAUGUUUGGAACAGAAACACGUGAAAUUCUCGGCAAGGUUUGGUGUAUAUUUCACAGACAAUAGACUCCUCUGAUCUGAAGGGUCCCCAUCCUCCCUAGUCACGACAGACAUAUGUGCAUUGCAAACAAUCAUUCGGAAGUACUCGGGCAUUUCCGGAAGUCGCUGGCUACCUGACACCUGAGAAACUCUGAAAGACACUUCAGAACGUUAAUUGUCUGCAAAGUAGCCGACAUGCCUUCAAUUUAUGUUCGCUGUUCGGUCCCAUGGCAUGCUUUUAAUGUUUCGGAUUGCGGCCGAACCCCCUGAAAACUUCACUCGGAAUUCGAAGGAGAAAUUUGAUCCACUGGUGAGAGAGCUGUCUAUAAUUAUUCUAUCCCGUGCCUGGCCGGAGAGAAAAACAGAUGAUCCGAGGGUAUUUGAGGGAGGGGACGGUAUAUAGACACACAGCCUCGGGGGGUAACGGGGGAGUCUGAAGAACACAGUGCAAGCCUACGGGGCCAGAGCAACAAUAUCAUCAGAAUUGGACAGAGCCGGUCAACAGAAUGCAAUGGAAACUACGACACCACCUUAAGCCGUGUACGCGUAGAGAGAGGAAGUGAUGGUGCGCGCUCCCUAGCGGUGAUGGAGUAUUCUACCGGUGCGGUUCCCCAGCCAUUGUCAGCGUGCUUUCUUGCAGAAUCAGCGGCUGUCGCACUGAAGGACAUACCAUGCUCACACGUUGUUCAUCAGCCGUACAUCCCUCUGCACUAUGUGAACGAUAUUGCGACAUCGGAUGCCAUGACUGCAGUAUGAUGAUCCCCUAGUGUCUACAGUUGCUGCUUGUGUCACCAUGGACAACAACACCGGUGUGAUGACGGAUCCCGGGGGGUUCUUGUUGAACAGAUCUCUGGGGCUGGGCGGCUGCGGAACCUCCACAGCUGACAUGAACAUCACAGCCUGUCUAUUGAACUAUACUUUAAAUGUAUCCGAGUCCCAAGACAAUACGAGUUAUGUGAACUCUACGAGUCAAGCUCACGCAGCCCACCCACUGUGGCUGACGAUAUUCCUGGGCCUCCUAGCUGGAACCAUCAGCAUUGUGACUAUAUUCGGUAAUAUUAUUGUGCUGCUAUCAUUUGGCAUUGAGCGGAGUAUACGACAACCUACGAAUUAUUUCCUUGCGUCCCUGGCGGUUUCGGAUUUACUUAUCGGAACGUUUUCAAUGCCCCUGUUCACCCAAUACCUACUGUUGGACUUUUAUUGGCCUCUGGGACCCUGGCUGUGUGACCUAUGGCUCUCUCUGGACUGGACAGUCUGUCUGACGUCACAGUACACGGUGUUUCUUAUCACGAUGGACAGGUUUCUGUCAGUAAAAGUUCCAGCAAAGUACCGCAACUGGCGCACAGAGCGGAAGGUUCUAGUCAUGAUUGCUGUGACUUGGAUUUUGCCAACUGUAGUAUUUUUCACAGCCGUAAUUGGAUGGCAGUAUUUCGUACCCGAGGGAAGAACAGUGAAACCCACGGCAUGUGAGGUACAGUUUAUGAAUGACCCCCUCUUCACAUUCUUGCUAACGAUUGGAUAUUAUUGGAUUACGUUGGUCGUCAUGUGCGUGCUGUAUGCCGGUAUAUAUAGAGUAGCUCUAACAUUGCAAAAGAAAUCCGAUGCUAAACACAAAAAGCUGCAGUCAACGAUGGAACUCGCUAUAGAUCAUACAGCUGUGAAGGCGACGGCAUCUAAUAGUAGUGACAGCAUUCCUCAAGCCACCAAAAAAGCCAAAAAACAAUCCGUAGCCAACAACAAGACAGCCGCUACUGGAACAGUGACUACAACUAGUUUUGUAAAGAGGAAUAACUCCGAGAAGGAUGAAGACAGAUCAAGCAGUCCAGCGUUUGCAUCAGAUGAAGAAAACAGCUCCAGUCAGGGGACAGCUCAAACUAGCAAGACGCCACUCACUGCCAACAGUAAGCCUCCAAAGAUCCCCGACAAAGGCUUCAUCAACAAUGCGCUGCAACCCGACUCAAGUAAGACCAACAGGAAGUCUCUCCCGACGGACAGUGCUUUCCCCGCCCACAUCCCUGACACAAACUUUCUGGUACCAACUGCCCGAAUGGACAUCAGGUGCGACUUCAUAUCCGAGUUUGAAUCAGGCACACAGGUGACGGAUAUUGACAACCUGCUUUCUGCUUCGGCUACCGAGAUGGAUCGUUCUUCUGUGCCCCUUAUCCAGAACGACGUCCUCAAAGGCAUACGCUUUAUUGAUGAGAAGAGUUUCAGCAACCUGGCUGGGGAUAACGUUAAGCUUCUCUCCGAGUCGCAAGUUUCUGAAAACGUAAAUGAAGACGGUGAGGGUAAUUCGUCACCAAUAUGGCGGCGACGGAAUUCUCUGAAUGGCGCAGAAACAUGCCCGGUCGAGAGUAUUCACGUUCGCGUUCCCUUGGCAACAGAGGAUACGUUCGGAGAGAAGCCCGAGGAACCUGUUGAACAAACGGCCAGUGAUGGUAACAACCUCCAUCCCUAUGACAACAAAGACAGUGCUGAUGACCGUGGCAUGCAACGGUUGACUGCCGGGGGUAGGAGAAGAAGGAAGGAUGGUCGCUUACAAACAUUUGUCAAAUCUGUGCGCUCACGAAACAGUCGGCGAAGGAACCGACGCGAACGAAAGUCCAAAUCUGAAAACAGAGCACGCAAGGCUCUGCGGACUAUCACGCUCAUAUUAGGCGCAUUUGUCGUGUGUUGGACGCCCUACCAUAUCAUGGUGUUUGUGAUAGCUAUAGCUGGCUGGGAGAGUGUCGACAACAGAUUCUACAGUUUCACAUACUGGCUGUGUUAUCUCAACAGCCCAAUUAACCCGUUCUGCUAUGCGUUUGCCAAUGCCCAGUUUAAACGGACUUUCCUUAGGAUAUUCAAACUGGACUGGCAUCGGACGUAACGUACACUGUGCCAUAUGUAGUUCAUUGUUACUGUAAACUGAUCUGGAUUCGUGUGAUAGUAUUCGACUAGUGAUGAUGGCGUUAUCUGGGGGUGAUGAAUCCAGAUCGACCACACGGAUGAAGCCUGUGGGUCACUGUGUGAAUGUAUACGCGGAGUGUAUCGUGUUGUUAAGCCUAUUUAUGAAGUGAUUAUACAAAGCAGUCAUGUCAUGUCAGAUUUCUAGUCCAACUGGCCUAGGCCUAAUCCACACGGUGUUUUCCCACAAUUGCUCUUACUGAAGAAGUCUCAUUGUAAUUUCUUAUAGUUUUAUACCGUUACAUUGGACAUCACCACUGUACUUCCACAACGACAAGUUUGUAGAAAUGCAAUAUUCGUAUAACGUUACAAACCUCGUACGAUCGACUCUCAGAAACGGAUACCUGGUACUACGAGUUCUGUGGAGGAUUUUCGUGUGGAACAUGACACGGCCAUUGUAGCUGACGUUCACAGUGGUUUGUACAGAAUGAGCCUUGCUCGUAGUGAUAUGGUCACGUGAUUGGAACCCCGGUAGCAUGGACAGUACGGAAUGGUGUAGAAGAGUUAUCGCCCAUUGAAUGAACCUGUGAUUAUAUAUGUGUGUACUUUAUAGGAUGUAUCAAGAUGACCUGUUGACCAUGUAUUUUAUUAAUAGUGCGUUAAGUUUGAUUCUUUCAUUUUGUAGAUAUAUAUAUAUCUAUCGUUUCGUUAAUUGUUUAUGGAAAAGUUUAUAUAUAUAUAUAUAUAUCUGUAUACAUUAAAUAUGAAGCAGUAUGUAUUGGUUCAGUAAAAUGAAGAUAUAGAAAAUGUUAUAUUCUAUGGUUUUGUUAAAAAAAACACACCUGUCUUUAUAAGUUGCAAAACUUUCAAGAACAAGAAACGCAUCGAUAGCCUCUGUUGAUUUCGAAGAAAACACAAAUUAUAUCAUUAUUCAGAAAAAAGGCUUGUGUUUUAUUUAGUAAGCUCAGAAAAAUACACCGUCCUUCGAACUUUCUUAGCCUUGCCUCCAAGUACAAUGAUAUCCGAGGCAACGUUUUGUAUUCUGAAACCGUCGGAGGGAGUAAUUGGCUCACGUUAUGACCAAUUCAACAGUGACAGUACAACCUUUAUAUUUCAGAACAGUACCAAACUUAACAUUGCUUUGUUUUAAUCUAUAGGAUAUGAAUGGAUAUACACUAUGUACUACUUGUAGAAUCAAAGGACUUCUAUCACAGCCGCCGUCCUCACGGAUUCUUGCAUCAAGUAUGUCAAGUUUCACCUGUCCAGUCGCAUCCCAAAGACAUGUUGUCCAUUUGAGAAUGUGUUCUGUUCAAAAUACAGCUGGCUCUCAUUGUCUAGUCGAGGCAAGCAGUUGGACCCUUACUUGCUUUCCGAGAUAGAGGCAAUGAUAAGAAUAUCCCCAAGUUCUGUCUAAACACCGAAGCCGCAAUAACCCGCACGGCAUGGCAAAUCAAAACAUCCUGAAAAAACUAGUUUAACAAAACUUGGAUAGAGAUGUCCCGUAUUUCCCGUAAGUCGGGACUGGUGGAUGGCUUUUUGUAACUGGGGACGAUAUGAAGAGAGCCGGUUGUAUUGGCGACCCCUUAUUUCGAUUGACAGGCAAUAUGUAAUUAAUGAACUAAUUAUUUUGUUGGUAAUGACAAGCAGUGGCAGCCUGGUAUGCUUGAGAACCUGUAGGACCCAGAGAUGUUGUUCCAUGCAAGCUUUGGUAUCAGUUCGAUACAGCUAGUUGCCAGUAGCCUGUCCAGUAGCCUGUCUAGUAGCCUGUCUAGUAGCCUGUCAGUAGCCAAAUAGUGUGUCACAAGGACAAGCUACAAGUUCGCAAGACGGGUUCCGAUUCACUCAGUAUUCAUGUAGUCAAGGGCCAAAGGUCAACAGUUUCCUCCAGGCUUGAGAUGAGGUGAUAUUCCGUGAAAAAUAAUUCCAUUUUGAUUUAGAAUUAACACUUUCUUAAAAGAAACUAAUAGCUUGGCAUAUUUAGUUACACUCGUCAACAUAGGCGACACGUUUGUUUCUGAACCGUCCUAAAAUAUGUGAGUGAACAAUAAGGAAGAGUAAGAUUGCAACUAAAAAUCAAUAGAAACAUAUCAAUACCGUUGUAGGAUUUCUUCCUCGUUUCAUUGUUACAGAAAUUGCAUCAUUAUUUAAAAUUCAAAUUGGUCUGUAUAUAGUUAUAAUGUCACCUCCGUAAGAAUCAAUUGAAUUUCGAAACGUUCAUUUGAUGAGCAAUUAAAAUAUUUAUUUAGUUCCCGAACUUCCACGCCAUCUCGUCGUGUAUAAAUCCUAGUACAGUUUCUUUCCUAUGAUGCCUCCAAAGCAUAACAAGAAUCGAGAUGUGCGACAAUAGAAAUAGCCGGAAGCGCCCGUUAAAUCUCCGACAUAGCAAGCCCGGGGGAAGAUGGGCCUCAACCCUUCCACUUUGAUAUACACACGACGUGUGUGCCUCUGUGUCCGUUCUCUAUGUACGCAUGUCCGCUCUCGGACUGGAUGACGACUGUCUGUUCUCUUACCGUACUGCUAGUGAACCACUGUAUGACCGCCAUGUUUGUGACCUUGACGCGGUAUUCGCACGUGCUUCUGUUACUGUGCCCCCUAGUCCAAUCUAGUGUACUUCGUUUAUGUAUGAACAUGAUGACCUUCACUAUAGUUUUGUAUUCACUAUCAUUUGACAUGCAUUACUAAACACCUAAUAUAAUCAAGGGUCAUUAGCGACGUCAUCACAUGGACAGUUUUCUUGUGACGUAAGAGUCGUCAAGUCGCUGCCGAUGACGCAGUGUGUAUCAACAUGGUCAGAAAUAGUCGUAUUAACAUGAACUUGCAUCUGUUUGUUUAGGAAAGCAUAUGCCUUGUACUAUUUGUCUGUACCAUUCAUAUAUACACAUGUAUGUUUAUACACAAGGUAUGUAUUGUAAUAAAAUCUCGCAUGAAUUCAAAUACUAGGGCAAUGUCUUGUUUCUUCGUGGCGACGGCGCAUAGCAUUGUUCAUAGCAUUGAGACAUUGUGUAACGAAUGGUUCACAUGGGAGAUUCUACGAAAAUCGACAUCUGUCUUAUGCAUCAAAGUCUACAUAAACUUUUAUAUUUUUAUAAUUACGUAUCAUCGAUAACGGAUUUUGUACUUAGGUACUGGAAGAGUCCUGUUUGUUUAACACCAUCGUACAGGGACCAAACGGAUAUUAUAUGAAGUUUACGUUAAAGUAUAUUUUAAUCAACUCCCUGUCUCUGCUCAUACACGUGUCAUUUCAUAACAUAUUGUCAUUGAACCAAGACAUCAACUCCUCAGCGCGCCAAGUUUGUUUUAUGAAGAACGAAUCUGUUGGUUCCGAAGACAACGCUUAAUAUCAGACAGACAAGAACUGACUUAUAUGUUAUAUAUCUUUGAAACGUGCAAUAUCUGGUGUAAUCGAUUGGAACUACAUUUAUGGUCGCUGCAAUGUAACGUUUCAUACACAUAUCUACGUUAGCUUUUGCUUUGUAUUUUAUAUUGGUAGCGAAAUACAGUUGAUAGCCCUGACCAGAAAUGUUGUUCCAACUCGAGCACGUUAAUACCUCCGUAUGCUAUACACCUAGGCUUGUGAUGUGUACUGCUGCUGUAUAACCCUGUGAUCGUACAUGUUCUGUGCUGGGCUGACCUUGGCCUCGAGGGUACACUGGACGCCCGAGUGCAUGGCCAGUAACAGGACUGCUCCAUACCAGCACCAACACAUAAAACCACUCACUGUCAA